AUGCCCCCUACCGGUGAAUGGUCUGUCACGUGUUCCGCGCAGGCGAACCGCAUCUUCAACCCAAUCCGGGCCGUCUCCGACGCCUCGCACUCCUCUCUGUCGACCAAGUCCCUCAUCAAGGUUUCCGUCGGCGACCCUACACUCGACGAGGGCUACCUGCCGACCUCGAAGGUGCAGCAGGCGGCGCUGCAGGAGGCCGUCAACUCCUGCCAGUACGGGGGGUACCGCCCUGCGGCCGGCACCGACGAGGCGCGUGCGGCCGUGGCAGAGUAUUGGAAGCGGUAUUUCGUCAGCACGGCGGCGCUCAAGUCCCACAUUGUGGCGAGCCACGUCGUCAUGACGUCCGGCGGCUCGCACGCGAUCCAGAUGGCCAUCGCCUCGAUUGCGAACCCCGGCGACAACAUUCUCCUCCCCGCCCCGGGCUUCCCUCACUACACUACCAUCGCCGUCACCUACGAUAUCGAGCAGCGCUACUACAACCUUGACCCCGAGAAGAACUGGGAGGCGAACGCAGAGGAGAUCAAAUCCCUCUGCGACGCGCGAACGAAGCUGCUGGUGAUGACAAAUCCAUCCAACCCGUGCGGCAGCAACUUCUCGCGCGAGCACGUCGAGCUGCUGGUUCGCACGGCCGAGGAGCUGAAGGUGCCGAUCUUUUCGGAUGAGAUCUACGCCGGCAUGGUCUUCCAGCACGAGGAGAACCCCAACAAGACGUUCGUAUCCGUCGCGGACGUCGACACGGUGGUGCCGCGCGUGAUUCUCGGCGGCACCGCGAAGUCCCACCUCGUCCCCGGCUGGCGUAUCGCGUGGCUUCUCUUCGUCGACCCUGCCGGCCACGGGGCGGACUACUUCCGCGGUAUCCACAACGAUACGUCUCUCUUGGUCGGUCCCAACACUCUCGGCCAGGCCUCUCUGCCCGCCGCGCUGCUCAAGACGCCGUCCGACUACCUCCCUCGGGUCACUGCCAUCAUCGCGGAGAGUGCGAUGACCUUUUACCACGCCAUCAACAACGGCAGCAUCAACGCGGAUCCGGAGAGGCGCAUGCUCAUCGCCACCCGGCCGCAGGCUGCGAUGUACGUGAUGGUGAGGAUCGUGCUCGAACACUUCAACCCUGCGGUGGUCAGAGACGACCGCACCUUCUCCAGCAAGUUGUUUGAGGAGGAGAAUGUGCAGGUGGUUCCUGGCACCGCCUUCCACGCUCCCGACUGCUUCCGCGUGGUCAUCACACGGCCGGAUGCCGUGCUGGAGGAGGCGGCGCAGCGCAUGAUUGAGUUCUGCGAGCGCCACCGCAGCGAAAACAGGCUGUCGCCGGCAGAGGCGAAGGAGGAGGCCGCCGACGACGCAGAGGAUACGAAGAGUGAAAACAAGGCGGAAGCGAAGGAGGAGGCCGAGCACGUCGAAGAGGCGACGGAGGAAAGCGAGAAGAAGGACAUCGAAGACGAGUUGUAA